GAGUACAUCUUCAGCCGAAUCAAGCAGGAGCUGGAGGUCACGCUUGACUUCAGUGCUCAGGGUCCUAUUGACGGUUGAGUUUUUUUAUACCAUUUCGACAUGUAUCUAGACAGUAGCGCAGAUUAUAGGAGCUUAGUGUAACUGCCUGCAUGUCAGACAUGUGUUGUGGCAAAAAUAUAUAUUUCCAUGAACUCCCAAAAGUAUUUGUCGAUUCUGAAAUGGAAAUAGAAACAAGGAAGUUCGCACUUGCUUCAUGCCACACUGGAAAGAGACCAGACUUUUUUCCUCUUUUUUGUGUUUUCGUCAUCGUUUACUUUAUGCUGGAAAUGAGAACGUGUUAGCGUGUGUUUAAAGCAAUCUGUCUAUAGUUUUCUUCAGUUUGCCUAUAAACUCCUAACAUACCUACAUAAAUGUAAAUAAAUAAAUAAAUAAAUAACAUACAUAAAUAUUCUUGACACUUACCAGCCUUUAUAUUAGUGAUACACAUGAAUAUCUAAAAUCAAUAUAAAUAUGUGUAGAGCUUUUAGACAUAUGACUCUUAUUUGUAUACUAUUUACACUGUGUGCAAGUUUGCUUGGGUUGAAGAUCAGAGUAGCCUAUUUCUACAACUACAGCGAAGACACUGGGAAGUUUGCGGACUAAAUGAAAGCAUUGUAGAGCCCCGUGAACCUGCUGAUGCAGCAGCAAUAGCAGCAGGCGUAACAUUACGAGCGGUCGCUUUCGCAUUCAAAGGCGCUGUCGCGUAACGCUAUUAACGCGUAAUGUCGGCGGAAGCGGACGCAGGCCACGAGAAACCCCCUCGGUUCGUCUCAGGACAGCUGUUGACUGCGCGUCGCGUUUCCCGCACGCCGUGAACGCAGCAAGGAGGUGUCAUCCUCCAGUGCGAAGCGUCCGUAGCGCCCACGGCAGCGGUCCGCGCGGCUCCAUGUUGGAUCCGCCUGUUCUCCAGGCAUUCACUUCGCCGGAGGUGUACCUGCAUGUGUCGUCUAGCGCGUGAGGGGUUCGGGCGUGAGGCGGGCGGGCGGGCGACACGCAGCUCCGCCGGGACUUCGCCUUGUUCGCAGCUUUGUUUUUCGCACCAUCGUCAUUCUCGCAGUUUUUAACGGGGCUGAGAAUUUAGGUUAGAGACGCACCUGAGGAGCGCGGCGAAAAGUGGCGCCCGGGCGGACGAAGGGCAAAUCGGACUCAGAUAACGCCGCGCAGAAACCAUGUUCACUCUCACUGAGGUUGCGUCUUUGAACGACAUUCAGCCGACGUACCGCAUCCUGAAGCCGUGGUGGGACGUCUUCAUGGACUACCUGGGGCUGGUCAUGCUCAUGUUGGCCAUAUUUGCCAUGACCAUGCAGAUCACCAAGGACCAGGUGGCCUGUCUUCCCUACCUGGAGGACAAGGCGGACGCCUCGGCAACGAAGCUCGGCUCGUUCCCUCACUGGAGCUCGCCGGACGCAGCCCCGCCUGCAGCCACCAGCGCCCCGGUGCUGGCGUCCGCCCCGCUGGUCACCGAGGACCUAACGGACGAAGCUGCCCACCAAAUCCACGUCAGUCAGAAGCAAACUGCUGAGGUGGCAGAGAAAUAUGUCAACCAGCCUCAACCGACCGGGGUCAAGACCAAUCUGGACUUCCAACAAUAUGUCUUUGUCAACCAAAUAUGCUACCAUGUUGCCUUGCCCUGGUACUCCAAGUACUUUCCAUACCUUAGUCUCAUCCACACGAUUGUUCUCAUGGUCAGUAGCAAUUUCUGGUUCAAAUACCCCAAAACAAGCUCCAAGAUCGAGCACUUCGUGUCCAUCCUGGGCAGAUGUUUUGAGUCUCCGUGGACUACGAAGGCUUUGUCUGAAACGGCUUGUGAGAACUCGGAGGAGAACAAGCAGCGGUUCACCGGCACCUCGGCGGCACAGAAGCAGGUAUCGCUGGAGGGGAGGGAUGAGAACGCCAGCGUCACCUCCACCACCCCCAUGCUGGGGGUGGCGUUCUCCGCGGAUAAGCCCGUGGCGGAGGUCCCGAGCGGGAUGACGAUCCUGGAUAAGAAGGACGGGGAGCAGGCCAAGGCCUUGUUCGAGAAAGUGAGGAAGUUCCGAGUUCACGUGGAAGACAGCGAUUUCAUCUACAAGCUCUACGUCGCCCAGACCAUUGUCAAAACUGUCAAGUUCAUUCUGAUCCUGUGCUACACUUCGACCUUUUUGGCUGAAAUUAAAUUCACGCACAACUGCAAACCCGACGUGGCGCAGCUAACGGGAUACUCCAAGUUCUUCUGCACCCACAACAUGGCUUUCAUGCUCAACAAGCUGCUCGUCACCUACAUGGCUUUAAUCCUGAUCUACGGGAUGACUUGCCUGUACGCUCUCUACUGGGUGUUCCGGCGCUCUCUGAAGGAGUACUCCUUCGAAAAGGUGAGGGAGGAAAGCAGCUUCAGCGACAUUCCCGAUGUCAAAAACGACUUCGCCUUUCUCUUGCACAUGGUUGAUCAGUACGAUCAGCUCUACUCCAAGCGCUUCGGCGUCUUCUUGUCCGAGGUCAGUGAGAACAAGCUGAGGGAGAUUAGCCUCAACCACGAGUGGACCUUUGAGAAACUGAGGCAGCUGGUGAGCCGUAACGCGCAGGACCAGCAGGAGCUGCACCUUUUCAUGCUCUCCGGGCUUCCGAAUGCGGUGUUCGACCUCAUGGAUUUGGAGGUGCUCAAACUGGAGCUGAUCCCCGAGGUGAGGUUCUCCGCGAAGGUCUCCCAGAUGACGAGCCUGCAGGAGCUGCACCUCUGCCACUGUCCUGCCAAAGUGGAGCAGACCGGCUUCGCGUUCCUACGCGACCACCUUCGCUGCCUUCAUGUGAAGUUCACCGAUGUGGCUGAGAUCCCGACCUGGGUGUACUUGCUGAGGAAUUUGAGGGAGCUUAACCUAAUUGGCAACUUAAACUCGGAGAACAACAAAAUGAUCGGCCUCGAGUCCAUGCGAGACUUGAAGCAUUUAAAGACAUUACACCUGAAGAGCAACCUCACUAAAAUACCGACAAGCAUCACAGAUCUUUCACCGCAUUUGAUUAAGUUAGUGGUGCACAAUGACGGUACGAAAUUGAUGGUACUAAACAGUUUGAAGAAGAUGACAAAUCUCAUCGACCUGGAGCUGCACAACUGCGAACUGGAGCGGAUCCCCCACGCCAUCUUCAGCCUGACCAACCUACAGGAGCUCGACCUGAAAUCUAACCACAUCCGAACCAUAGAGGAGAUCAUCAGCCUCCAGCACCUCAGGAGGCUGACGUGCCUCAAGCUGUGGCACAACAACAUCACCGCCAUCUCAUCCUCCAUCGGUCAGGUCAAGUCCCUGGAGACUCUGCAGCUCUCGCACAACAAACUGGAGGCGCUCCCCGUAGCCCUCUUCAUGCUGCCUAAGCUGCGGCAUCUGGACGUGAGCCACAACUCCAUCACAGUGCUCCCUCCGGAUGUCGGGUUCCUCCAGAACCUGCAGCACCUGGCUAUAAACUCCAACAAGCUGGAGGUGCUGCCCAAGUCUCUGUUCAGAUGCAGCAAGCUCAGGGUCCUGUGUCUGGGCCACAACGCCCUCACUGUGCUGCCAGAAGCUGUGGGUCAGCUGGUCCAGCUCACGCAGCUGGAGCUGAAGGGAAACUGUCUGGACCGACUGCCCAUCCAGCUCGGAAGCUGCCGCCUGCUGCGGAGGGUCGGCCUGGUUGUGGAAGACCACCUCUUUGACACACUGCCUGUGGAAGUGAAGGAGAGCAUCAGCCGUGACACCAGCGCGCCCUUUUCAAGUGGCUUAUAAUUCAGAGACAGUAAAGACCAAGGUGUAUAAAAGAAAAGAGACGUUUUGUGUAACCCACAAAGACAGAACAAUAGUAUUUUCUUGAUUAGUUUAGUAGGCCGUGUCGUAUCAGAUCGCGUUACUCGAGUAUGUAUCUAAAUCAGCAGAUAUUUUAUUUUAUUUUGCUCCGCAUUUUUAUUUCUUUAGGUAGAAAAAACACUGAAUAACUAUUUUUUUGAUGUAAUAAUCUCCAGACCAAACCUUGAUUGCUCAGUCUGUAGUUUUGACGUUGUUGUUUGUAGGUACUCAGGUAAAACCAUGGGAAACAAUCUUCUGCCUUAACUGCUGCUAUUUUUUACAGUGGGGGCUUAAACUAAGGCCAAAUAUAAACAUUUCAUUUUAAACGUUUAAAUUUUUAUGGAAUGACAUUUUCUUGUUAGAAUCCUAACGUUUAUUGUCCUUUUAUGUUUUUGUAGCUAACAAAAUGAGUUCAGAUUGUGAAUCUCAGGUGGAGAACAGAAAACCACAGAUGCCAGAGAUUGUAUGAGAAAGCCUAUAAUGAUUCAUUUGCACAUUCGCAGAACUAAAGAUUUAAUGAUCAUUGAAUGUCCUCUUUAAGAUAUUAGCGAACUGAAAAAGGGAAGUCUUUUGACCAUCAUUUUUUAUGAAUGAUGUGCUAUAUGCAGAUGUGUGUCCUAUGUGUGAGUCACGUAAUGUUGAGUCUGCCUUUGUUCUUCCUAGCGGAUUAAUGUGUAGGCCUGUUUGUAUCCUAUGCUUAAAGUUAAAGACGUUACGACACAAUAAAGAUUUGAUUUUAUA